AUGGAGGUGAUCUCUGCAGUAUCCAGGCUCUCCUUCCACACUAUUGCUCAGACCAAAGGAAUUAGGCCCUUCCCAUCGGAGGAGACCACGGAGAACGAUGAUGAUGUGUAUCGGAGCCUGGAGGAGCUGGCAGAUGAGCAUGACCUGGGGGAGGACAUUUAUGACUGCGUCCCCUGUGAGGAUGAAGGUGAUGAUAUCUACGAAGAUAUCAUCAGAGUGGAAGUUCAGCAGCCCAUGAUCAGAUACAUGCAGAAAAUGGGAAUGACAGAAGAUGACAAAAGAAACUGCUGUUUGCUGGAGAUCCAAGAAACAGAGGCCAAAUACUACAAAACACUUGAAGACAUAGAAAAGAACUACAUGAACCCCCUGCGCCUGGUGCUGACUCCCCAGGACAUGGAAGCUAUUUUCAUCAAUUUGGAGGACCUAAUUAAAGUGCACUUCAGUUUCCUGAGAGCCAUUGAUGUCUCCAUGAUGGCAGGAGGAAGCAGCCUGGCAAAGGUGUUUCUGGAGUUCAAAGAGAGGCUGCUGAUUUAUGGCAAGUACUGCAGCCACAUGGAGUAUGCCCAGAACACCCUCAACCACCUCCUUGCCAACAGGGAGGAUGUCAGGCAGAAGGUGGAGGAAUGCACCCUGAAGGUCCAGGAGGGGAAGUUCAAACUGCAAGACCUGCUGGUGGUUCCCAUGCAAAGGGUUUUGAAGUACCACCUCCUGUUAAAAGAGCUGCUCAGCCAUUCCUCAGACCGACCAGAGAAGCAACAGCUGAAGGAGGCUCUGGAGGCGAUGCAGGACUUGGCCAUGUACAUAAAUGAAGUGAAGAGGGACAAGGAGACUCUCAAGAAAAUCAGUGAAUUUCAGAGCUCCAUAGAAAAUCUGCAAGUGAAGCUGGAGGAGUUUGGGAGGCCGAAGAUCGACGGCGAGCUGAAGGUUCGCUCCAUAGUCAACCACACCAAGCAGGACAGGUAUUUAUUUCUGUUUGAUAAAGUGGUGAUUGUCUGCAAGAGGAAAGGCUACAGUUAUGAGCUGAAGGAAAUCAUUGAGCUGCUCUUCCACAAGAUGACCGACGACCCUAUGAACAACAAGGACAUCAAGAAGUCUCAUGGGAAGAUGUGGUCCUAUGGCUUCUACCUAAUUCACCUCCAGGGGAAGCAGGGCUUCCAGUUCUUCUGCAAGACAGAGGAGAUGAAGAGGAAGUGGAUGGAGCAGUUUGAAAUGGCAAUGUCCAACAUCAAGCCAGAGAAAGCCAAUGCAAAUCAUCACAACUUCCAGAUGUACACCUUUGAGAAGACCACCAACUGCAAGGCCUGCAGGAUGUUCCUGAGAGGAACCUUCUACCAGGGCUAUCUUUGCCCCAAAUGUGGAGCAGGUGCUCACAAGGAGUGCUUGGAGAUCAUUCCUCCCUGCAAGAUGGGUUCUUCAGCAGAGCAGGAUUCACUGGGUGCUGGACCUGGUCCUAAAAUGGUGGCUGUCCAGAAUUACCAUGGAAACCCUGCCCCCCCUGGGAAGCCAGUGCUGACAUUCCAAAUUGGGGAUGUGAUUGAGCUGCUGAGGGGGGACCCUGACUCACCAUGGUGGGAGGGCAGGCUGCUGCAGACCAAGAAGUCAGGUUACUUCCCCAGCUCCUCAGUGAAGCCCUGCCCUGUGGAUGCAAGGCCCCCCACCAGCCGGCCGCCCUCACGGGAGAUCGACUACACAGCCUACCCCUGGUUUGCAGGGAACAUGGAGAGGCAGCAGACAGACAACCUGCUCAAGUCCCAUGUCAGUGGCACCUACCUGAUCAGGGAGCGACCAGCCGAGGCCGAGCGCUUUGCCAUCAGCAUCAAGUUCAACGAGGAGGUGAAGCACAUCAAGGUGGUGGAGAAGGACAACUGGAUUCACAUCACCGAAGCCAAGAAGUUUGAAAGCUUGCUGGAGCUGGUUGAGUACUACCAGAGCCACUCCCUGAAGGAGAGCUUCAAGCAGCUGGACACCACCCUCAAGUACCCCUACAAGUCUCGAGAGCGCUCGACCUCCAGGACCUUCACUCGCUCCCCAGCCUCCUGUGCUUCCUACAACUUUUCUUUUCUCAGUCCUCAGGGCCUCAACUUUUCUUCUCAGAGCUCCUCCAGUCCCUUCUGGUCAGUGUUCACCCCCCGGGUGGUAGGCACGGCGGUGGCUCGGUACAACUUCGCGGCACGGGACAUGCGGGAGCUGUCGCUGCGGGAAGGAGACGUGGUGAAGAUCUACAGCAGGAUUGGUGGGGACCAGGGCUGGUGGAAAGGGGAAACCAAUGGAAGAGUGGGCUGGUUCCCCUCGACGUACGUGGAGGAGGAAGGGGUGCAGUGA